UAGUUUCAUUGUUAAGACUUAAAAUACGCCGUAUGCGUUAGAAGACACACAUUCUUUUAUUCAUUAUGUAAUUACAAUCAUUUGCUAUACUAAAUUAAAAGUUAAAAUGUGAUUUGAACACUAUUGAACGCUGCUUAUAAUUUUAGCUUACAUGUAGUUUCUUCUGUAAAAUUAUUUUAAUCGUUCAUACGAAAAAACAUUGUUCAACCAACUCUUACAAGAUUAGUUUAAAAUCGUGGUUACUGAAGAUAUUGUGUUGGAAGAUUUUAUUCUGUAGGACGGAAACAUGGUUAAAUGCAAUCCUCCCAAUAAUGCAGAACAAGCAAGGAAUAUCAUAAAUUCGACCGGUUUCAACAGUUGCAAAGGAGUGGAUGAGGAGUCCUUGAUAGAAGCCGAGUUGGUAUAUCUGGCUCUCUUGAAGAAGACAACCAUUCUUUUGUUGGUUUAUGCGUAUCCAUUGAAUGCAAAUGAUGAUGACAACAGAAACUGUAUAUUAAAUGAAGAAAGAGGAAGACUUAUAGAGGAGGUUGGGUCUUUCCAAGAGAAUAAUUCUUCCGCUAAAUCGAACGUUUUGUACAAAGGUAUUUUUGUCCAGCGUGGCGGCACAGGUACGUCAGCGUAUGAUAAAGUAGAGAUAUCCAGGUACUGCAAUGGCGGUUCUGACUCAGAUGUUGUCACAUUAUCAUUUGACUAUUCCAGCCAACCAAAGGAAGGAAAACCUGAUAUAUUUCCAGACAGCCUCAAGCACACCGGAACCUGUAUAGAGAGUGAAGAAAGAGGAAAGGUUAUCAAGAUUUUGCCAUCAAAAGAGAACAACUCUUCCACCAAAUCUUACGAAGUGUACAAGAGGAUAUUUGUCCAAGGUGGCAGUGUGAGUAGCUCAGCACCUCUUGAAAUUGACAAAUCCAGAUUCUGCAAUGGCGGCCGUGAAUCGAGUAUUUCAACUCUUUCCUGGCAACUAAACGGCAGUAGACCAGAGAUAUUUCAAAAUAAUUCAGAACACAACAGCGGAAAAAUCGAAUUGCUCAUCAAUUUGAAUGAUACUGGAUUCGAGAAAUCAGGAUUUGAUUCCUUUUUUAUCUUUGCGUUGCUCAGUAAGAGGUUUGCCAUAAUAAUAGAAGAAUACAACGACGGUAAAAUGAACAAAAAUUCGUCUAAAACUACGAAUCUUUACUAACAAAUUGCUGUCCAAACAGAAUGGAGACGUCAAGGUCACAGAACAUUAUGUAUCGUAUUUAUAUACAAAUAUUACAAGCUGUAACUUGUACCCAAUGAUGCUAACUGUAUAAUUAAAUAACGUUUAUCAUUCAUUAAAAUGAUUUGUCCAUCCAUAUAAGGACACUUCCAUUCGCCGCUUGGCAGACAAUAUUCCCAGUUGUCAAAAGUAAGCAUUAUAUAGCUUGUUCCGCGUGUUAAAUAUUAACAUCUGUUUACCAAGAUACGCUGUUAUUGAAUAUGUAUUGUUCUAUAAUGCUUUAAGUCCAUGUUAAAAUCAGAUAAGGCAGCAGUCCAAGUAGUGAAUAGACAUGAUCUAAAAACACUACAAUUUUGUGCCAAAUUUAAGCAUUGUUCGCAUAAAAACCCGCCACAAUAACUGUAUUCUAAUGUGUUCCCGGGGUGGUUAUCCUGCUUAAUUCGCAUAGAAAAUUAGCUUUAUAUAAGAACGUGUUUCUAUAUUGUUUUUACAAACUACACCGUGUAAAACAAAUCCAGACUCUGUUAGUUUCAGUCUGUUCCUGAGAGGUAAUAAAAUGUGCUACACCAUAACCCAUAAAGUGACGACUUUAAAUUAAAGUUGAUCUGACUCCAGAAUGCAAAAGGAUCAGGGAUAUCGUUCGGUGUGGUCGCCAUAAAUAUUUGAACGUUACGUUUUGUGUACAUAUUCUUGAACAUUUAUGAGUUAUUUAUGAAACUUGGGCUGAAUGUUACGCUUCUACAAGCUAGUUAUAACCGUAACCCCUCCAAAAGGCCCACAGAAAGAUCUCCUUCUUUCAUGAACUAAGUUUUAGAAAAUUAACAUUUUUAUGCCCCCGAAGGGAGGCAUAUAAUUUUUGAACCGUCUGUCCGUCCGUCGGUCUGUCCGCAAUUUUCGUGUCCGGUCCAUAUCUUUGUCAUCGAUGGAUGGAUUUAUUUUCAAAUAACUUGGCAUGAAUGUGUACCACAAUAAGACGACGUGUCGCGCGCAAGAACCAGGUCCGGAGCUCAAAGGUCAAGGUCACACUUAGACAUUAAAGGAUAGUGCAUUGAUGGGCGUCUCCGGUCCAUAUCUUUGUCAUCGAUGGAUGGAUUUUCAAAUAACUUGGCAUAAAUGUGUACCACAGUAAGACGACGUGUCGCGCGCAAGACCCAGGUCCGUAGCUCAAAGGUAAAGGUCACACUUAGACGUUAAAGGAUAGUGCAUUGAUGGGCGUUUCCGGCCCAUAUCUUUGUCAUCGAUGGAUGGAUUUUCAAAUAACUUGGCAUGAAUGUGUACCACAGUAUGACGACGUGUCACACGCAAGACCCAGGUCCGUAGCUCAAAGGUCAAGGUCACACUUAGACGUUAAAGGUCAUUUUUCAUGAUAGUGCAUUGAUGGGCAUGUCCGGUCCAUAUCUUUGUCAUUCAUGCAUGGAUUUUAAAAUAACUAUGCAUGAAUGUGUGACACAGUAAGACGACGUGUCGCGCAAGACCCAGCUCCGUAGGCCAAAGGUCCUAAACUCUAACAUCGGCCAUAACUAAUCAUUCAAAGUGCCAUCGGGGGCAUGUGUCAUCCUAUGGAGACAGCUCUUGUUAAUUUGGACAAUCCUUAGAAGAAUGAUUUGAACUGCUAAAAUUUGGUAAAAAUUGUAUGAUAUAUCUGCAACUACAACUACGUAGUCUGAGAUUGGUUUCUGGUAUAAGCUGCUAUACCCGAACACAUGUGCGCCAAAUCAGAACCGUCAUUUCCAUGCCAUAAAUCAUACAAUGUAUGGAAUUUAUCUUCCCAAACACGGUUGAUAUUAAUUCCAAGAAUUUGCUCUUUCUUUUUAAUACAUAGACGCAUUUUGUAUUUUACUGAAACGCAUUAGAAUUGACAUAAUGUACAAAUAUUGAAUAUAUCAAUCUGAAACAUAACAAAUUUCCGGCAUAGCCGGAAAAUAAAUGUCUGUAACAGGGAAGUGGGAAUUUAAGUAGCGUGAAUUGUCAAACAAUUGAUUUAAGCAUAUCGUUUAACAAGAAUUUGUCCAUUUAACCACAAAUUUUCAUAAUUUUCAUAUGAUUUAUAUUCCUUCUAUUUUACCACAAAAUAAAAGUGUUAGUACUCUUUACAGCAUUAAGAGUGGUAGCAAUUAUAUCUGUAUUUGUGAUUGCUUUUUGUGAGUGCAAUGCGUUUCGUAAAUGACGAUUUUUUUUCCUUUUGAUUUUGCAAACUUUCAAGUUUUGUUUUUAAUGUCUGACCCGGCCAAUAAUAAGGCAUCAGAUUUAACAACACAAACAAGAAAAAUAAGUUUCACUAUAAGAAAAG